GAUUUAUUUUCCUUUUUCUGCCGUACGUACAAUAUAUACAGACACUCUCUUGGCCGUGCAGGAAAUUACUGAAGAUUUAGAGAUAAACUAACGGUACAAGAAAGAUCAAAAACAAAGCAAAAAGAAUGAAUAAGAUAAGAAGACAAGAUGGUAUUGAGUACGGAAUGGUCACAAGUUGAGGUGAUCGAUCUGGUGAACGAUGGUUCAGGCCUAGGUUUCGGGAUAGUAGGCGGCAGAAGCACGGGCGUCGUGAUCAAAUCCAUCUUGCCCGGAGGCAUCGCAGACAAAGACGGUAGAUUACAGAGCGGGGAUCACAUCAUCCAAAUUGGUGAGGUGAAUCUUCGCGGAUUCUCGGCGGACCAGGUUGCCAGUGUUCUUAGACAGGCCGGAGUCCAGGUGAGGAUGGUCGUGGCCAGACCUAUCGAAUCUUGCAUCGAAUACCAGAGGUUCAACAGUAGCCAGGCGCCAAUAGUUCCAACGAAGAUUCUGACCGAUCCCGAAGAGGUGGAGCGACUCCUCUCGCAGAACGGAUACCAGGAAUGCUACAAUCAAAACUCCUACGAGGAUGCAGUCUGCGGAGAAACAACGACCAACAACUACGAAAGCAACGUUUUGAAUGUGAUACAUGCUGACGGUGUGCUCAGUGUGAACGGCUGCAGCUCACCGGAUAGCGCCAAAGUGAUUUUAACACCGGUGGACAUCGAGUAUUCCUUACCAGAAACGGAAAGGUUUACCGUCGAGCUGAACAAGAACGAGUAUGGCUUGGGUAUAACCAUCGCUGGUUACGUGUGCGAGCGUGAAGACCUGAGCGGUAUCUUCGUGAAGAGCAUCGGCGAAGGUAGCGAAGCUCACAGGUGCGGCCGCAUCAACAUCAAUGAUAGGAUCGUUGAGGUUGACGGUGAGUGUCUGCACGAAUGUACAAACUACGAGGCGGUCGAGAAGCUCAAGCAGUCUGGAAGCUGUGUCAAGUUAACGUUCGAGAGGUACCUGCGAGGUCCAAAGUUCGAACAUCUACAGGAGGCUUUGGCGAGCACAGAGACCAAAGAUGCCAGCCCUCCAUCACCCUCGGUGACAACCCUUAGUUGGAUCCCAAUUGACACAGACGCGCAAAUAAUCGAACCUGAAGGCGAAUCGGUGACAACGAUCAACAGCGAAGUAUACGAGAGUCCCGAAACGAAAGAGAUCUUCAUCGACGAUAACUUCGAACCGGAUCCUGCAGCUGACUGCGAGACAUCAAUAAAGCACAAGUGGACGGCGAUAAUUGGUGAGAAUACGGAAAUCGUCGUUGCCCAUCUGACGAAGUUGAAGGGUCUUGGGAUCAGCUUAGAAGGAACGGUGGACGUGGAAGCCGGAGUCGAGGUCAGACCGAGGCAUUACAUAAGAUCCAUUUUGCCGGAAGGUCCUGUCGGCACGAACGGAAAGUUGAGUCCCGGAGACGAGCUGCUGGAGGUUAACGGACAGAAGCUGCUGGGAAUCAGACACGUGGAUGUGGUGAAGAUCCUGAAGGAGUUGCCCAGCACCGUUCGCCUUGUAUGCGCACGGGAAUCGUUGAAGAACAGAGUGAUUAACACUUCUCAAGAUCGCGAGGGUUUCGAGGCGAGGAACAUCUUGGGUGGAAGCUUGAAGAAUCUACUUCCACAGCCGGAGCAGAGGUUGUUAAAAGCUCAAAGCGACACUUCAAUAAAUACGUCGAGCACGGUGACGAUCACUGACGAGAACAGCUUGCAGAAAUCCAAGUCCAGAUCAUUGGAGAACACGAAUCUCGCGAUGUGGCACGAAGAAAUUGACGAAAUUGACCUGAAGAAAACGGAUCGCGGCUUGGGAUUUUCCAUUUUGGACUACCAGGAUCCGUUGGAUGUGAAAUCGACGGUCAUAGUAAUAAGGAGUCUCGUGCCGAACGGAGCGGCAGAACUGGAUGGGAGGAUCAAGCCCGGAGACAGGUUGAUUUCCGUUAACGGAAAAGUCAUCAAGAAUGUGCCACUGGAUCAGGCGGUUCAAGCCCUCAAAUCCACUCUACCAGGAAUUGUCACGGUCGGGAUUUCGAAACCCAUAGCCGCAACGACCACCUCCAAAACGACAGAAAACACGCCAACAUAAUAAUAAAAAUAAUAAC